CAGUCAGUCGGAGCGGCGGCGGCGGCGGCGGCGGCGACGACGGGGCAGGGCAAGGGGCAGGGCAGGUUCGGGGCCGGGUCCGAGCAGGAGGCGUCCGUCCCUGAGGCUCCCUCCGUCCGUCCGUACUCGGCCACACAGGCGCGCGCGCAGCGCUCUCCCGGUCAUGGUGGUGGUGGCCCAGACCCCGGCCCCGGCUCCGGCCGCGCCCAAGGUGCUGCUCCUGUCGUCCGGGAAGCCCCCCGGGCCCGGCGCCGCCUCCGCGCCCGGCCGCGCCCUGCCGCUCGUGCUGCCCCCGAGCCCGGAGGCGACGAGCGGGGCCCCCGGCCCGGGCCCGGGCCCCAGCCAGAGCCCGGCCCGCAAGCGGCAGCGCCUCACGCACCUGAGCCCGGAGGAGAAGGCGCUGCGCAGGAAAUUGAAAAACAGAGUAGCAGCACAAACAGCUCGAGACAGGAAGAAGGCCCGAAUGAGUGAACUGGAGCAACAAGUUGUAGACUUGGAAGAAGAGAACCAAAAACUUCUGAUUGAAAAUCAGCUUUUGCGUGAGAGAACCCACGGGCUUGUGGUUGAAAAUCAAGAAUUAAGACAGCGUUUGGGAAUUGAUGCCCUAGUAAUUGAGGAGGAGACAGAGUCCAAGGUGAACGGUGUCCGGUCGGUGGCCGGGUCUGCUGAGCGCAGCAUUCAGACUACGUGCGCCUCUGCAGCAGGCGCAGGCCCAGUUGUCACCCUUCCAGAGCACGUCCCUGUGGAUCCUGACGGUGUUGACUCUUCAGACUCUGAGUCUGAUAUCUUGUUGGGCAUUCUGGACAACCUGGACCCAGACAUGUUCUUCAGAUAUGUCAACACAGAAUACUGCCUGGAGGAGUUCAAAGAGGUGGGUGCAGAAGAGCCCAACUCCUUACCAGCCUCCCCUUCUCCUUUGGUGGGGCCCCCACCAGCCAAGCUGGAAGCCAUUAAUGAACUGAUCCGGUUUGACCAUGUGUAUACCAAGCCACUCGUCUUGGAGAUUCCCUCGGAAACAGAUGGUCAAGGCAGCGUGGUAGUGAAAAUUGAGGAAGCUCCCCUUAGCCCAUCUUUGAAGCAAGAUCCCCCUGAGCCGCUCACUGUGUCUGUGAAAGAAGAACUCCUGGAGGAUGACUUCAUCCCAGAGCUCGGUAUCGAGAACCUACUCUCCUCCAGCCAGUGCCUCAAGUCUUCUCCUUGCCUGCUGGAUGCUUGUAGUGACUCUGGGUAUGAGGGUUCUCCUUCCCCUUUCAAUGAGAUGUCCUCCCCCCUUGGCACCAGCCACUCUUGGGAGGACACUUUUGCCAAUGAACUCUUUCCUCAAUUGAUCAGUGUCUAAAAUAGUAUUGUUCACUUGUGUCCAAAUGAUCAUAGCACACCCAGUCUAAAGGCAACAGUGGCCCCCAAGGUGAUGCAGGCGGCCGUUUCCUAGAGUGAGUUACCUCUAGAGCAUUAUGGUCCAUUGGCCAGGCUUUGCUAGAGCCCCUCCCUCCUUAGCCAACUCUGGCAGCCUGCAGUGAGGUUGGGCUCACCUUGUCAUGGUCAUAUUCUACCACCUGAGUGAGAUAGGAAGUCGCCACCCGAUUCCUUAACGUUUUUCUCCCCUUCCUGUUUUGCUACAGUUUGCCUUUUUAUUUAGUAAAGUCCUUUAGUUUGCUUGUAAAAGAGAAAACAGCUGUUGGAGGGGUUUGCUUUUCCAUUCCGUACAGUCGGAUAAUGUGAACAUUAGAAGAAAUCUUUUGUAAAGUUAUAGAAAUUUACUGUGUAAAUGCUUGAUAAUAUGAAUUCUUUCAUGUGAGCUUGGCUUUGGGGAGGUGCUUUCUCCAUUUUAUUAUUUAAAAUUAUCUGUGCAAUUAAAAUGUGCAAUGCA